UCUGAUCCUCUCCCAACCGCGAAACUCGAACAGGAAAAGCAUCAGGUGAUGAAAGCUCCUUGAUAACGCUCUCUCUCUCUCUCUGUCUCUCUUGAUCGCUGUGCGCCUUUUUUUGUUCUUAUCACAACCCCCAUUCUUUUCCGUCAUGACCCCCAUAUCACGAAAGAACACUGAAUUUCUCUUAUGGAAGUGCCCGAGAUGAUCCUCCUCUGCUCUAUUAGUAUACGAGAGCCCUUUGAGUUUCGCAAAUUGGUGUAAUGGGUUUGUAGAUAAUGCUUCUGUGCAUAAAUUCCGAGAUGGGUUUCUUGAAAUGUUGCAGAAUCCAAGAGGAGUCUGAAUAUACGUUCUGAGGCAGUUUAAGUGGUGUAUGGCUGGUGAUGGGGCAUCUACUCAAAUUGUAUUGAGCAAUUGAGUGGUGGAUUUCAGUUAGACGAGAUAGUGGAUUGAAAAUUGGAGAUGGCUGUCGCAAGCAAAACAAGAAUUAUGCUUGAAGGUCUGGUAAGAGAAGGAUCAUUCAAUUGGUUGCUUAGCAAACGGAGUUCCUUCAAUGAUGAAUUUGAAGAGAUGGGAAGGUCUCCAUCUGCCGAGAGGAAUUGGAUACCGGAGCUUUCUCCAGUUGCAAAUGUUGUGGUUCGUAGAUGCUCAAAAAUCCUUGGUGUUCCUUCGGGUGAGCUUAAAGAAAGCUUCAAUGCGGAGGCUGCUGAAUCCAUAAAACAUUCAUCUCGGUAUGCUAGAAACUUGUUGGAAUACUGCUGUUUCAGGACACUAGCUUUGUCAAUACAAGUAACGGGUCACCUAGCUGAUAAAAGGUUUCGACGCCUAACGUAUGACAUGAUGCUAGCUUGGGAGGCUCCAGCUGCUGCCAGCCAACCUUUACUUAAUGUCGAUGAGGACAUGUCUGUUGGGGUAGAGGCCUUCUCACGAAUAGCUUCAGCGGUCCCUCUUAUUGCAAACGUGAUUAUUAGUGAAAAUCUUUUUGAGGUGCUUACAAAAUCUACUGGUGGUCGGCUUCGGUAUUCCAUCUAUGACAAGUAUUUAAGUGGACUAGAUAGAGCUAUUAGGAAAAUGAAGACCCAGUCAGAGUCAUCUCUUCUUUCUGCUGUUCGAUCAUCAAGACGAGAAAAGAUUCUGGAAGUGGAUGGAACAGUCACCACCCAGCCAGUUCUUGAACAUGUAGGAAUUUCUACAUGGCCUGGUCGGUUAGUUCUGACAGACCAUGCACUUUACUUUGAACCUCUCCGUGUUGUGUCUUAUGACAAAGCAAAAAGAUACGAUUUAGAAGAAGAUCUGAAACAAGUUGUUAAACCUGAGAUGACUGGACCAUGGGGUACUCGACUUUUUGACAAGGCCAUUUCCUAUAAAUCAAUUUCCUUAUCAGAAUCCGCUGUCAUUGAGUUUCCUGAACUUAAGGGGCACCGUCGCCGUGAUUAUUGGCUUGGAAUUAUCCGUGAAAUUUUAUAUGUUCAUAGAUUUAUAAAUAAGUACCAGAUCAAGGGAGUUGAACGGGGUGAAGCACUUUCAAAGGCUGUACUUGGAAUUCUGAGAGUACAAGCCAUUCAAGAUAUUUGUUCGAGUAUUUCUCUACGGUGUGAGACUCUUCUGAUGUUUAAUCUUUGCGACCAACUUCCAGGUGGAGACUUGAUACUGGAAACUCUUGCAACUAUGUCAACCUCCAGGGAGUUGGACCGGAGUAACAAUUCUAGAGCUGGGGCUGGAAUGUAUUCAGUCUCUGCCUUGGACAUGGUUUCUAACUUAGGGUUUGUGUUUGGAACAAAUUCAAGUAAUCCUAAUGAGGCUGGGCUUGUUGUGGGUGAGAUAGCUGUGGGAGAGAUGUCUUCUUUGGAAAGAGUUGUUAAGGAAUCUAAAAACAACUAUGAAAAGGUGGUCCUUGCACAAGCAACAGUUGACGGAGUUAAAGUGGAUGGCAUUGACACAAAUUUGGCAGUGAUGAAGGAGUUACUCUUUCCUGUAAUUGAACUUGGAAAGUGCCUUCUAUCUUUGGCAUAUUGGGAUGAUCCUGUGAAGUCUUUGGUGUUCUGUUCAGUUUUCAGUUAUAUAAUUUGCAGCAUGCGUUUCAGGGGAUGGCUGGGUUACUCCUUUGCUCUUACAUUCAUCUUUAUUGCGGUUUUCAUGGUACUCACCCGGUUUUGUGGCCAAGGAAAGCCUAUUGAUGAUGUUAAGGUGAUGGCGCCUCCACCGAUGAAUACAAUGGAGCAACUUUUGACCGUUCAAAAUGCCAUUUCUCAAGCUGAAGGACUCAUCCAGGAUAGUAACAUUGUUCUUCUCAAGAUAAGGGCCUUGUUGCUAUGCAUUUUUCCUCAGGCAAGCGAAAAAUUUGCAGUUGCUCUCUUGAUCACAGCCUUGAUUCUGGCCUUCAUUCCUAGUAAGUACGUAGUUCUUCUAAUCUUCAUGGAAACUUUUACAAGAUAUUCUCCUUUAAGGAAAGCAAGCACAGAGAGAUGGAUGAGGAGAUUGAGAGAGUGGUGGUUCAGCAUACCAGCGGCUCCUGUUCUCCUUGAAAGAGAAAAAGAGGAAAAAAAGAGGAAGUGAGGCUGUAAUUAUUAGAGUUAGUGAUAUGAUGUAAUAAGUUGUAAUAAUGUGCACAUGUUUCUUUAAUGAUUUUAUUUUUUUAAA